AUCUGUAAUAGCUUGUGCUAAUCCGACUGAACCAGACAAGUGCAUUGUACGAAUAUUCCGACAAUACAUGUCUCUUCGACCAAAGAACGCUCCUGAUGAUUUGUAUUUACGUCCCCUUGUGAAACCAAGAGAUGAUCAGUGGUUUAGUGUUCAACCAAUAGGGAAAAGUACACUCAAACAGACCAUUGGGAGGAUGUGCAGAAGUGCAGGCUUUCAAGGAUUCUACAGCAACCAUUCCCUCCGUGCGACGUGCGCCACGAGAUUGUAUCAAUCUGGAGUUGACGAGCAGCUAAUUGCCAAGACAACCGACAACAGGAGCAAUGCAGUGAGGAAAUAUAAACGGAGCAGCACUGAACAGGAAGCAGCUGUCAGUGACGUCAUUCAAGGAAAGAGAUUGAAAGCGGAACCAAAGGCCGAUGCUGGUUCUGUGACCAGUGUCAGUCGCACAACUACUGCGACUGAUCAUGUUCACAUUUCACUGAAUGUAGUCGUGAAUAAGUGAUUUCGGGUUCAUUUUGUAAUCCCCGAAUAA